CUUUGCUUCACUCUCUCUUUUUGAAGAAUCGACCCAUAAUGCUGCUCUCUGCCCGCCCCGUGUACAUUGUCGCUGCCAAGCGCACGCCGUUCGGCACGUUCGGCGGCAAGCUGAAGGAUCUGACUGCGACUGAUCUGCAGGUUGAAGCCGUGAAGGCUGCCCUCGCUGCCGGCAAGGUCGACCCGACCACGGUGGACAGCGUUGUGGUUGGCAACGUUGCCCAGACGAGCGCCGACGCGCCGUACCUCGCCCGCCACGCCGGCCUCCGCGCAGACAUCCCGAUCCGCACGCCAGCACUCACCGUCAACCGCCUGUGCGGCUCGGGCUUCCAGUCCAUCAUCAACGCGGCCCACGACAUUCUCAUUGGCGACGCUGCCAUUGCGGUUGCCGGCGGCACCGAGUCCAUGUCCCAGGCACCUUUCGCGGCCCGCGAUAUUCGCUGGGGCGUCAAGCUCAGCCACACCCCCAAGCUCGAGGACACGCUCUGGUCGGCGCUCACCGACUCGUACAUCAAGCUGCCGAUGGCCAUCACUGCCGAGAACCUCGCUGCCAAGUACCAGGUCACUCGCGCUGAUGCCGACGAGUUUGCGCUUGUGUCGCAACAGCGUUGGGCCAAAGCUCACGCUGAAGGCCGCUUCAACGCCGAGAUCGCCCCGAUCGGCAUCAAGGGCAAGAAGGGCAUUGAAAAGUUCGAGGUCGAUGAGCACCCGCGCCCGGCCACGACGAUCGAGACGCUCGCCAAGCUGAGCCCCGUGUUCAAGGCUGAUGGUGUCGUCACUGCUGGUAACGCCUCUGGCAUUUGCGACGGUGCUGCAGCGCUUGUUCUUGCCAGCGAGGAGGCUGUCAAGACCCACAACCUGAAGCCCCUUGCCCGCCUCGUCUCGUACGGCAUCUCGGGCGUCGACCCUUCCAUCAUGGGCAUUGGCCCGGCCCCCGCCAUCCGCCAGGCCCUGAGCCGCGCCAACCUCACUCUCGACAAGAUCAACCUUGUCGAGGUCAACGAGGCCUUCGCCGCCCAGUUUGUGGCCGUCGAGCGCGAGCUCAAGCUUGACCGCGACAUUUCCAACACCAACGGCGGUGCCAUCGCCCUCGGCCACCCUCUUGGCGCCUCUGGUGCUCGCAUCGUUACCCACCUCACCCACGAGCUGCAACGCACCAACGGCAAGUACGCCGUCGGCUCUGCCUGCAUUGGCGGUGGCCAGGGCAUUGCUGUUAUUCUCGAGCGUGUUUAACGAAAAAAUGUUUGUUUCAUUUUGUUUGUUUGUCCGUCCUCUGAGCAAUCAAUAAACGACAGCAAAAUCAAUAGAACGUUAUUGAUCAUCACUCC